AUGGAGACAACUCCAGCCGCAAAAGAACGAAACGAGCUGUUUCAGAGACUGAAGCCAUGCUGUGUUAAAGCGAGCCAGCUGGCAAUUCGGGAGCCUGAAGACCCGAAAAGCCACCAGGAGCUGCAGGAGCUUGUCAGGCAGAUCCUCGACAUCUUAAAUGAGCAGCUCUCGACGAACCCGCUGGCUCUUGACGAGAAACUAGCAGAAUAUGUCUCCUUUCCCCUGUCUCACAUUUUUCGCCAUUUGGAACGAUACCCCAUGAGUCUAGUGGAAGACUGCGUCAGAUGCUUGACUAUUCUCAUUGUUCACGGCUGGAAAUCCAGGAUAUCUGCCAAACUUGUGCAGCAGCUAUUCAGUUUCUUGAUAUUCAUCAUUGAUGGCGUUCCGGGAUCCCCCAAAAGAGACGUGCCUGAAGAAGCGGUUCUCGAAGCACUUCGUGCCGAAACUGCGCUACUGACUACCGCAGGGUCAUCUCCUGUGGCCGCAGCGGGACUCUCCGAGCCCGAAUCGAUACCAGUAUUGGGCCACGGAAUUACAGUCAUAUUGGAUGGAGUAUCAGAAGGCGCAACUCCAGAAAUCCAGCGUGAGGCAUUGAGGACGCUGGAGGCCCUCUAUGGAGCCAUCAAGGAGCACGCUGCGUUAGCUAGUUUUCUACCAGGAACCAUCUCGUCGCUUGCAAAGGUCCUAUCAAAACCAAACCGAUACAAAAAGCUGGUAAUAGCAAAAUGCCUUGGGACGACGCAAGUUGUAUUAACAAAGGUGCUAUCUGAUAUGCGAACACGAUCUAUUCUCGCCAUGGAGACCGAAAGCCAGACAGACGCCGAUAAAUCCAAGGUGCUGAGCCCUGCAUGGCUGAAGGCAACUGUAGCCCAAGUUCAAGUGGCCUUGUCAGUGAUGAUGAAGCUACGAACUCAUGAGGGAUCCGAGGUCCGUGAGGCCCUAGGGAGGCUAUGCAUUACUUUGCUGGAUGAAUGCCACACUACGCUAUCAAAUUGUACAUCCAUUCUUGUCGAGACAUCGGUGAUUCUUGAUGAAGGGUCGGACCAGGAUUUGAUGACGCAAACAAACUUGAGAUACUUGGUAAACAUAUAUCCAGAAUUGGGAGAAACUAUCAAGUCGACCGUCUAUAGCUGGAUGACGAGCCUCCCUCGUCUUAUGCAGGCAAGCGACGAAAAAGUAAAGGAACAGGCAGCUUACAACUUGUCAAAGGGAAUCGAGCUACUACGAAGCCUAAAAAUCGAGUCGUCCACGCUCGAUGAUUCAAUCGCCAUCACUUUAAGAGAAAGCAUAAUGUCUAUCCUUACUACGUCUAAAACCCACCAUUCUAGCGUCAGCAACCAUGUGCUCCUGCUGGAAGAUGCAUCCUCGGAUUCGCCCACAUCGAGCCAAUCGCAAUUUCAACCAAUCCUAUUAGGCUAUCAAGGGCAGAAGAGACUAAAAAGCGAAGUAAUGGGCCUUUUACGAACUGUUGGGUCGAUGUCGCAGCAUGCAAGGAUUGCUGCCGACAUGCUAGACUGUGUACGAGAAUCAGCAUCUGUGACUCAAAUGACUGCAUAUUGGCUCUGUUUUGAACUGGUCAAGGCAGCGCAUACUCACUCUGAGUAUACGGAUGCGCUGUUUGACCUAUCAGCCUUUAACGACCAAUCAGACGAUAUAAACGAAGUAUAUGACGAGUUAUACGACUUCUCCGUCCAAGUAUUGGACUCACAUACCGAGACGGGUGAAACCGAUUGGCGUUUAGAAGCCAUUGCUCUCGAAAUAAUGGCGUACGCUGCACACAGGUCAGGUGAGAAGUUUAGACCAGAGCUCAUUGACGUGCUCUUCCCCGUCGCCACGCUUCUGGGAUCGGACGAGGGCAAUCUUCAACAGCAUGCCAUUGCUGCACUAAAUAACAUAGCACUGUCAUGCAAAUAUUCCAGUGUCUCUGAGUUGAUUAUUGACAAUGUCGAUUAUAUGGUCAACUCCGUUUCACUGCGGCUGAAUACAUUAGACAUCUCCCCGGCAUCAACGCAGGUAAUGAAAAUGAUGGUGCGGUUGGCGGGGCCCCGCCUGGUGCCGUUCUUGGACGAUGUUGUCGAGUCAAUGUUUGCUGCUCUGGAAAACUAUCACGGAUAUGCGUCGUUUGUGGAAAGCCUCUUCUCAGUCCUGAAAGAGAUUGUCGACCAGGCAGCCCAGGCAGACGGACGGCUUUUAACCGAUGUUGAGCAAUCACCCAUUAAUCACAAGAAAAAAGCACAGAAGAUGGAAGAUUUAGAAACUCUACUGGGGAUCCUUGAGAAACGGAAAGAGAGAGAGGAGCGAGACAGGAUAGAGAUGGAAAACAUGGCGGCCAAAGGUGGACAUCCUGGGGUCCCAUGGACGAACGAUUUGGCACAGGGGGUUGGUAAUGAAGAUGACCAGGCGCAAGAUGAACCCCCCAGGGACGAGGAAAAGCCGCCAAAUUCGCCUACAUACCAGCUUCUUCAGCGUGUGGCAUCUCUCACGCAGCACUACUUGACUUCUCCGACGCCGACGCUCCGAAGGUCACUGCUGGAGCUUCUCACUACGGCUGCAUCCGUACUUGCGGCUGAUGAAGACUCAUUUCUUCCUCUUGUUAAUGCAAUCUGGCCUGUGGUUAUUGCUAGGCUACAUGACUCCGAGACUUUCAUUGUUAUUGAGGCAUGUGAAACUUUGUCUGCCUUAUGCAGAUCAGCGGGGGAUUUCCUUGCUACUCGGUGGAAGACGGAGUGGGGGGACGGGCUCCGCGACUGGUGCCGCAAAAUUAAACAGCAGGCCUCAAGAGAUAAAGGUCGCUCGAAUAUGCCUUUAAAGGGCCUCUCACAAUCUAUGCCAGGGAAGGAAAUUGUGAUUCCUAUAAGAUCAAGCGAUGGUCUCGAAGUCCAGCCAAUGUCUGUCAAGUCCGCAGAGCCAAGCGGAGGGCUCGGACAGCACGCUUCUCCGGCGAGGAUAUGGGAAGCGGUGGUGAAGCUCCUUACAGCCAUUAUAUCAUAUGUGCGAGUUGAGGAUGAGAUGUUUGACGAGAUUCUGGAUCUCAUUGCUGAUGCAAUGGAAAGAAACCAAGAGGUAAGAGAAGCCCUUGAAGUUAUCAACGCGGAUGCGGUCUGGGCUGUGAGAUAUGAGCGAGGGCUUGUUGAGUCGAUUCCGGCGCCGGUUUUGGAGGGGAUUGUAUUUCCAGAAAUGGGAUGUUAG